UCAGCUGAGAUGCUUUUGGAAGGAGAGGUGGGGGGUUUUGUAGGCAGCAACGGCAGGGCCUUUGAAUGGCUGGAGAUCCUUUGGUGGUGACUGAGAUGGACAGAAAGGAAGAGGGAAAGAGAGGCCCAUAGGACCAAGGGGGAGGGACAUGAGUGCCUGACUGUUGUUGUGUGGGGGCUCUCUCUUCUUUCUCUUCCUGUCAGCUUUCUUGGUCUCAAAAAGCUCUUGUUGUGGGUUCUGGCAUCUGAUGCGUGAUGGAGGAUAACGUUCUUCCGACGGCUAGCUUACCAGAAAGAGCCCUCUCAGAUGUCGUUGUGGAGCUGGAUCUCAUGGAUGAGUUUUUAUCUGUACCGGGCUUCGAUUGCUCAGAUUUCUUGCAACCGGGUACCUCUACUUCUACAAGCCCCUUCAGCUCUUCAGGUUUUUCUCCUCUUUUCGAGGUCAGCAAUGGCGGUUGCAAUCCAGUCCUGCCGGAAGAUAAUAAUCAAGAUGAUGUAGAAAGGUCAGUUUUCUCUGUGGAUCUACCUUCAGAUGAAAUUCAAAUAGAACUGCUUGAUAGAAUGCAAUCUCCAGAUCCAAACGCCGGGGAACAACCCAAAUUUUCAGCUCAACUGAAUGAAUUGCGUAUGAAUAAUCCCAGCUCUGAGCUACACUCGAGCUGGUGGAUUCAGCCAAGUGCUCACAUGGAGACCAUGGAAGAGAGAUUAAUUCGUGCUAUAAAUUAUAUUAAGGAUUCACAGAGAGAUGGUGAUGUCCUUGUUCAGAUAUGGGUGCCUACAAGGAUAGGAGAUCGACAUGUUCUUACUACACGUGGCCAACCUUUCACUCUUGAUUCAACUUGUCAGAGGCUUGUGAAUUAUAGGACGGUCUCGACGCAAUAUCAGUUUUCAGCUGAGGAGAACUCAAAUGUGGCAGUGGGCUUGCCUGGCCGGGUUUUUCUAGGGAGGGUUCCUGAGUGGACGCCGGAUGUGCGCUACUUCAGCCACUAUGAAUAUCCUCGAGUUAAUGAUGCUCAACGAUACGAUGUUCGUGGCUCUCUUGCGCUACCGGUAUUUGAUAGGAAUAGCAGGUCAUGCUUAGGAGUUGUGGAGGUGGUGAUGACAACUCAGAAAAUCAAUUACAGUUCUGAUCUCGAAAAUAUUUGCAAUGCUCUUCAGGCAGUUAAUCUUAGGAGUUCUGAAGUUCCUGGGGUUCCCCAUGUAAAGGUGUGCAAUGAAUCUUAUCAAGUUGCUUUACCUGAGAUCCAAAGGGUCCUAAGAGCAGUUUGCGAGACCCACAGUUUGCCACUGGCUCAAACUUGGAUUUCAUGUAUCCAACAAGGUAAAAGUGGCAGUCGCCAUACUGAUGAAAAUUAUAAGGAUUGUGUCUCCACUGUUGAUGUCGCUUGCUAUGUUCGCGAUCCUACCAUGUUGGGUUUUCACCAGGCAUGCUCUGAGCACCACUUAUUUAAAGGUCAAGGUGUUUCUGGUAAAGCCUUCACAACAAAUCAACCAUGUUUCUCAUCAGAUAUAACUGCCUUCAGCAAAACAGAAUAUCCACUGUCACACCAUGCCAAAUUGUUCCAUCUAAGGGCUGCAGUGGCUAUUCGACUGCGAAGUAUUCAUACAGGAACCGCAGACUUUGUGUUAGAGUUGUUCUUACCUAUUAAUUGUAUUGAACAUGAGGAACAGAAGCUGAUGCUUAACUCUUUGUCCAUCACCAUCCAACAAGUAUGCCAGAGCUUGAGGGUAGUCACAUCCAAGGAGCUGGAGCAUGAAGCUAUUUUACAAGUUGCUCAACUCAACUCUUCAAAUGUUUUGCCUGACAAAUUUGUUUCAGAGACUAGUCAAAGAUUGGAUGAUGAUGAUAAUCUUUUAACAGAAUCUCCUAUGAUAGGAGUUUCUGGGGAGGUAUCAUCAUGGAGUGGAAGUAUCAGGGAGACACAAGAAAAUGGAGGAAAAAGUGUUCUUCCCACUUCUGUGCCGCUGGACUUCAAUGAGCAGGAGAUUGAAGGAUUAAGUGUCUGGCAUACCUCGGAAGUAGUAUUACCUGCUGGAAAGAUAUUCUCGGAGUUCAAGCAGCAUGAGGAAGAGUUGACUAAAGAUAGUAUUGAUCAUAAAACUUUUUUUUCUGGUGAACCUGGCUUUUCAAAUACUGAGAAAGCAAUGGAAAAGAGGCGCACAAAAACAGAAAAAACUAUCGGUCUGCAAGAGCUUCAAAAAUACUUUGCUGGUAGCCUAAAAGAUGCUGCAAAGAGCCUUGGGGUGUGCCCCACUACUCUGAAAAGGAUAUGCAGGCAGCAUGGAAUUAGCCGUUGGCCUUCACGAAAAAUCAAGAAAGUUGGUCACUCCUUAAGAAAACUGCAAGUGGUUAUUGACUCAGUUCAUGGCCCUGAAGGCACUUUUCAGUUCAGUUCCCUCUAUGAGAAUUUUACAAAAGCCACGUGGUCUAAUGAAAGUUUACCAGGAAGUACCUCAUUUUCCACAUUGAAGCAAAAGGAAAAUCCAGAAUCCUCAACUGCAAAUCAACAGCAAGAAGCUAAAUUGAGCUCUCACACUUCUGGAUCAAAUUCUCUUUCAUCUUCCUCCUGUAGUCACAGCUCUAGUUCAAGUCUUGGCUGUUCCAGUGGGACUAAACAGUGCAGCAAUGCUCAACUUUCUAUCAAACAAGAAAUUUCAGUAGAGGAGAACCAGAGCGGCAUGCUUAAUAAAAUUCAGAUCCCCAUCGAAUUACAGCUCUCAGCUAAAGAAGGACCGAUAUCUCUUGCUAGAUCCCAAAGUCACGAGCUCCUUAGUGAGCAACCUUUUUCAGGAACUCAUGCUGCUUUGCAUUGGAGUCGACAUGAUUCUCUUAAAGUCAAAGCCAUAUAUGGGGAAGACAAAGUUAUAUUCAAAUUGCAGCCUACAUGGGGCUUUCAAGAUCUGAAGCAAGAGAUUGGGAAGCGGCUUAAUAUAGGCAAUAUAAAUUUGGUGGCUCUUAAGUAUUUGGAUGAUGAUUCCGAAUGGGUCCUAUUAACAUGUGAUGCAGACUUGCAGGAGUGUAUUGAUGUAUAUAAGUUAUCUAGUGCUCGUACAAUUAGAAUUUCUGUUCACCAUGUUCCUCAAGAGAUCACCAAGUCUUCUUUGGGCCAUAGUCCUGACAAUUAAAAGAAGGCUAUCUUCAUUCCAUUGGAUUUCCAUGUUGCGGAAAUGAAUCAGCAGAUUUGUAUUGCAUCCCUGUGUUUUUAAUUGAAAAUAUGGCUGAAAACUUGAAAGUACAUCUAGAAGGAUUUUAGAGGUUUUUAUUAUUGGAAAUUGGGAAGUCUGAUGACUCGAACCUGUUUCAUCUGCUGCUAGGGGAAGAUGAUCCAGAUGGUACAUUUAAGGAAAUCAAAAGCUUUCUAGAUGCACUGUACUUAAUAUAUGGUGCAAAUUCUCUCAAUUUAUCUGGAAAUGAUCGUUUCCUACAGCACCAGUAUCUUUUUUGUAUUCAUAUCAGGAAGAUGGGUGUUUAAGCUCUUCAGGCAUUGCAUGAUUGUAACAACUAGGAGUAUACACUACCAAUUAGUGAAAGAAUAUGAUCCUCUUAACCAGAUAGACCUAUAGAGCUCCCUGUAAAUUUGUACUUUGACAUUUGCUGAAACUUCUGGUGACUACUCCGGCAGAGGUGUUACUGGACAAUAGAUUUUGCUAUUGCAGUAUUUCUUGUGGUGUGAGAAAUGCUCAAGGACUGACCUGUAAGUACUAACUAAACUUCUAGUUAUCUGUAUCUUCAGACAGUGUCAGUACUAGCAGUUCUGUGGCAGGCAUGGUAUAAUUGAAGAAAUGCAUCUUGGUAAUUGUUAAUUGUUGAUGAGCAUGAAGGCUUCGCAUCUACUUCAGUUUGGUCAUCAGUUCUGCAUAUUAGCACCUCCACUGAAGGUUGGACGUAGUUUCUAAUCUUGUACAGUAUUAUAAGUAAAGUUGAGCAA